ACUGCCGGAUUGAUGCGCCCCGUCUGUAUCUGAACGACGCCUCCGUGUGUCCGCCAGUUCCUCCUGGCGCUGCUCUGCGCGCAUUUGCUGACACACAGUGCCGCCGAUACCACUUACACACACAGUACAAGUAAGCCGCGUACAGCCCGACGAAAUAUAUACAUACGAAACACCGCGAACUGUUUUUAUAAUUAAAUACCACACGAAACCGCGGGCUCCUGUGUCUGUGGCGUUCGCACGAUCGCUCGAGGGCAUCAAACCAAUCCUCGCGGAAACCGUUCGCGACACACCGUCGGCUUCCCGCGCGAUAAAGCAGCCGCUGCCGGUCCGUGCCGAGGUGCCCCCCCAAGGAGCUGCGUCCCCGUGCCCGCACGCGAGAGCGCCUGAAAUCAGAUAUCUGCCUUAAUAAUUUUAAGAUUUUACAUUUGAACGUUUAGUUUACUGUUCCCAGCGAAAGAAUAUUCUAGAAGAUUAAAAAAUAAGAAAAUGGUCAUGGAGGCAUCUCCUUCUCCACAAAGUGUCGGUCGCGAGUUCGUCCGACAGUAUUAUACGUUGCUGAAUCAGGCGCCUGCCCAUCUCCACAGGUUCUACAAUCAGCAUUCUUCCUUCGUGCACGGCGGAUUGGACUCUAAUCGAGAGUGUACCCCGGCAAUCGGUCAAAAACAAAUACAUCAGAAGAUCCAACAACUGAACUUUCGUGAUUGCCAUGCCAAAAUAAGCCAAGUCGAUUCUCAGCUUACUCUUGAAAAUGGAGUUGUUGUCCAGGUAUCCGGUGAACUGUCUAACGCUGGUCAACCGAUGCGUCGGUUCACUCAGACCUUUGUAUUGGCUGUGCAAGCACCUAAAACUUACUACGUGCACAAUGAUAUCUUCCGCUAUCAAGACUUGAUAUUUCCGGAUGAGGAUGAGGCUGACGUGAGUGCCGGAGAUAGCGGUGAGAGUGGCGAGAGAGAGGUGGAGGAAAUCGGCCGAUCUGAACCCGAGGAAGAUGAACAUCAGACUCAAGCGCAGCAACUGUCGGCUCCUACUCAAUCCGCUGAACAGCAAGCUCAACCACCUCUCAUUCCGACUCAGCAACCUCCGCUGCAGCAACAGCAGCCGAUGUAUUACGCUGCGCCACCGCAACCCCAUGUUCAUCCGGUUAUACAACAAGUGUUGAACGGAACGGUGCACGAGGAGGUGAUCAAUCAGCAGGCGCCACAGCAGCAGCAACAACCGCCGCCACCGCCUCCGGCGCAGCAACAUCCAUAUAUAGCUGAGCAAACCGCUCAGUCUCAAUUCGUGCAGGAGGCAGAGCUGAGCAAUGGCGAGCAGCCGCAGCAGCAGAGCGAGAGCGAGCCGCAGGCUCAGGCGGAGGAGAGGAACGAGCAGCCCGAGACAGAGGCAUUUACUGCAUCCGCGCAGGAGACCGAACCUGAACAUCAGGUGUCUAGCGCGGCUGUGAACAGCAGUGGACCCAAGACGUACGCUACCUUGGUAAAAUCUUUCCCCACUGGUGUCACUACGGGUGCUACCAGCCCACAAGCUCCAAAGUUAUCCAUGUCUCCGCCACCAAUGACGAAUCUACGUUUGGACGACAGAUCGCCAUUGCAUCCUGCAAACAACGGACCGACGUCUAUGUCUGUGUCCAAUAAUGUAUCUGCAGUUCAGCAACAGGCGCAUCGAGUGGGCGGAAAUCAGCCGCCGCAACAACAACAGCAUCCUCAGCAGCAGCGCGUUCCAAGAGGGGGAUUAGUGCAAAGAGAUGGAGAACGUCGUGGCACAAGACCGGGACAAUACAGCGACGCUCAUCAACUUUUCCUGGGCAACUUACCACACAAUGCCUCCGAGAAUGAUUUGCGCCAAGUAUUCGAGCGUUACGGUAGAGUCGCUGAGUUACGUGUACACAGUAAAUCGAACGACAGAUGCAAAGGUCCGCAAGGUGGCAACAACACCGCUCGAGUACCUAAUUAUGGAUUUAUCACGUUCGAGGAUCAACAGGUUGUGACUAAGGUGUUAAAUUCUCUGCCUAUCUAUUAUCCUGACGAGAGUGGACAAAAGUUAAAUGUAGAGGAAAAGAAGGUGCGACCCAGGCCCAUGUUAGACGGUAGUGGCGGCAGAUUGAACUCCGGCGACGGCGGUAUGCGCUCCAUGGGCGGCCAACAGCAGCAACAGCAGCAGCAACGUGGACCAGGUGGACCCGGAGGCGUGAUGAGAGGUGGACAGCAUGGCGCACGAGGUGGCCGUGGAGGUUUUUCACGGGGCGGCGACGGCGGUAGGGGUGGCAUGCGACAGCCAGGCAAUCCGAGCAAUCCCGGCUACCAAAACCGUCGCUAAUACCGGCCACAUUACGCAACAGUCGCAAGAUCCCCUUCUAAUUUCGUCUAUUGAAUAAAGUCACCGGUAUCACGCAUUCGCCAUCUUCAUUUCGAGAAGCGGAAUCCAGGACUAUUUCGUAUGUCGCACGACCUCAUCACUGACGCCAGUCUCAUAAAUGCUUAAAACGUCGCUCGCAACAACGCGUUCGUCAAGCAGCAGCAACAACCGACAUUAGCUGACGUAGCUCAAAAAGAAAGUCGUACGAAACAUGAGCUCGAACAUGAAUGGCGUGCCAAUCGAAAUCUCGAGCGAGGACCGAACGAGGAUAUCGCACUUCUCGCGCGAGACUUUGAGCUCCAGUGGUGUAGUGUAUCUACAAAUCAUCGGUCAGGCAAGCGAGGAUCAUUGGUUCGAAUUCGUCCUUCGUACAUCGACAAUCGGGCAAUCCCCGUAGGACUUUGCGACGCGAAAGUACUCACAACGCAGUCAUAGACACAUGUAUACAUACACGUACACGUGUGCAGCCGUGCGACAGGUCCGAGAAGAGCUUACAGGAGAACGUUGUCGGAGUGUGGCAAAUUUUAGUGCAAAUGGAAAAAAAAGGCAGCGGAACGUGAUCUGAAAUCGGGGAAAUUGUGUCGGAACUCUUUGUACUAAGGCGGUUUCAGAGUAGUGCGCAACAUUCGUCACUCCGCGCGUUUCCUCCGGCUCGCCAGAUCGCAGGACGAAAAGGCAGCGGAGCGAAUUCCGGUGCAUGCACACCCACGUAACCAAGCGAGGGGCGAUCAAGCGAAAUCGAAGCGAAAGAAGGGACGACGGAACGUCGCUGUGACAUGCGUAAAUCUCUUGUACGCUUUCGAGUCGACUCAUCAACCGCUGACGAAAACGUCCCGUUGCCCGCCUCCAAGAAGCCAGCGUAGGUAGCAAUCGCACAGAACGAAUCCCUACGACGAAACGAACUACAGGAUCCCAAGACUGUGUCCCGGUUGCACGCGACAGAAGAAGAAAAAAAACGAAGAGGAAAGGCGACAGUUUUCUUUUCUUCUACGAUCUUCUCCUUUAUUUAUAUUGCCGAUCAUCGAUUGACCGGUAUCGAUCGUAGAACAGGACAAUGCUUUUAGACUGCAGCAACUGGUCUCGCCGUUUUUCCCCCUCGCUCCAUCCGCAUACAAGCA